AUGUGUCCUAGUAUUCAUUCCAAAGAAGUAGUGAAUGAGUGUGUAAGCAAAUGUGUUGAUAAGGUAUCUAAAGAAAUGACAGUAGUGGAAGAUACCGCUUUGGCCAAUAAAUCAAGUAGCAGAGUGAAAGUGUUUCUGCAAACAGUAAAGGCAAGAUUAAGAACCCCAGGUAGUAAUCAAUUUGAGACUGUUCGCAUUCUUUUUGAUUCUGGUUCACAGCGUUCUUACAUUUUAAAGGACUUGGCUGAAAAAAUGAAUUACGAAAGCUUAGGAGAAGAAACAAUCAUACACUCUCUUUUUGGUAAUGUCAAAUCUGGUGAAGUAAUUCAUAACAGACAUCGUGUGUUUCUAACCAGUCAAGAUUACAGUUACAACUGCAACUUUGAGGUAUUGAGUCAAACUACCAUAUGUGGGGAAAUUCCACCAGUUACCGAAGGUGCCUGGAUACAGGAACUUAUAGAGAAAAAUGUUUCUCUGACUGACAUACAUGAGACCAAGCUACCAAUUGGUAUUUUGAUUGGAGCGGAUAUAGCGGGUAAACUAUUCACGGGAAAUAUGAUUCAACUGAAAUCUGGACUAGUGGCUAUGGAAACUCUUCUGGGAUGGACACUGAUGGGUAAGGCUAUAAUUAGUGGUAGUACAGGUUCAACUACACUCUCCACUGUUGUAACAUCAAUGUUUAUUAAUGAUGCUGACAUAUCGGAACUGUGGAGAUUAGACACUAUAGGCAUUACUGAUACAAGUGAAUCAGUUUCCAAAGAGCAAAAGGCUUUGGCAGUUAAAAAUCAUUUUAUAAAAACUACCACUAUAAAUGAAGAAGGUCGAUAUGAAGUGAGUUUGCCCUGGGUUGAUUGUCAUCCUCCUUUGCCUAGUAACAGAGAGUUAGCCGAAAAGAGGUUAUCAACAGUUGUAAAGAAAUUGGAUGGUAACAAUUUAACCGAAGACUAUGACUCAGUUUUUAAACAGUGGUUAAGUGAUGGCAUCAUUGAAGCUGUACCUUCUGACGAUUUGAACAACAACUUUCACUACCUGCCACAUAGACCUGUAGUGAAGGAGAGUAGUAUUACCACACGAAUUCGUCCAGUGUUUGAUGCAUCAGCAAAGACCAAGUUUUCACCCUCAUUGAACGACUGUAUUGAAAAUGGACCAAAUUUAAUUGAACUGAUUCCUUCUGUUAUGAUGCGUUUUAGGGAAGGGAAGUUUGGAGUUAUUGCUGACAUAGCAAAAGCCUUCUUACAGAUAUCGUUAAAUGUACAAGAUAGAGAUUUUCUUCGGUUUUUAUGGUUUGAUAUCAAUGAAAGAAGCCGAACUAUUGUUUACCGCCAUAAAAGAGUUGUUUUUGGAGUGAAAUGUAGUCCAUUUCUUCUAGGGGCAGUAAUUGAUCUGCAUCUUCAAAAAUCUAUGACUUCUCAGGAGUAUGAUGAUAAUGUGGUAAAGAAGCUGAGUAAAAGUUUUUACGUGGACAAUGUUUCGACCAGUGUAGAUACUUAUGAGGAACUAAAACACUUUGUUGAAGAAUCGAAACAAGUUAUGGCUGCCGCUAAGUUUGAUUUAAGAGGAUGGCAUGCCACGAGCGUCAUUGAAGAAGGAGAUACCAAGUUCGUCACUAAUGUUUUGGGAGUUCAAUGGAACUAUAUUGAGGACGUUCUGUUUUUUAACCUGACGAACUGUAUUAAAGAUUUGGACGUGUCUCGAAUCACAAAGAGAGACAUUUUAUCCAUAUCUCACAAGAUCUUUGAUCCAAUUGGUAUCCUUUGCCCUGUUACUUUGUUUCCUAAACUUCUUCUGCAAAGUAUGUGGGACUUGAAAAUUGACUGGGACACUGAAGUAAGUUCAGACAUCAGUAAACGAUUCAUGCUGUGGUAUAAUGAGUUAAGCGCUCUUGAAAAAGUGAAAAUACCCCGAUGGAUAGGUAAAAUGACUAUGGAUUCAAAUGGUUGUAGUAUUCAUACAUUUUGCGACGCAAGUAAAGAUGCCUAUGCUACAGUUAUUUACUUGAGAGUUGAAAUUGAAGAUGAAGUAAGAGUCCAAUUAUUGUCUGCAAAAUCAAGAGUUGCUCCUCUGAAGAAAACCACAAUUCCAAGAUUGGAAUUAUUAGCCGCCACGGUGGGAGCACGUCUCACAAGUACCAUAUUACAAUCAAUGGAUUGGAAAGAUAUGGACAUAUAUUACUGGACAGAUUCAAGUACGACAUUGGCUUGGAUUCAACAAGACAACUGGAAUGUUUUUGUAUGGAAUAGAGUGUCUGAGAUAAGAAAGCUUACUGACAUAAACCAGUGGAAUCAUGUACCUGGAGAUAAAAAUCCUGCAGAUCUUCCAUCCAGAGGCUGUAGCGCGAGAAUAUUGUCAGAAUCUCGCUGGUGGGAGGGACCUGACUGGUUGAGAUUGCCCAAGAACGAAUGGCCUGAGUUAGAAAACGCUGAGUUAAAACUUUUAAAAACUGUACAAAGUGAAAUGUUUGAGGAUGGUAUAAAGAACAAAGCUCUCUCCGUGUUAGAUCCUUUGGUUGAUGAUAAUGGAUUAAUACGGUUGAAAACCAAGAGAAACAGAGGUAAAAGCUUUGAGGCGAUUCCCGCAGUGCUUCCUACUGAUCGUGUGCGUGAAUCAACAGUUUUUGAGGUAACAGGAGAUGUUGUUUUUAUUGAAUGCGAAAACAUGAAAAGAAUAGAUUGGCCUCUAGGUCUUGUCAUUGAAACAAUACCAGGCAAGAGUGGUGUGGUCAGACUUGUAAAACUUCGUACAGCACAUGGGACAUUGUUGAGACCGAUACAAAGAUUGUAUCCGCUUGAAAUCUCAUCAAAAGAUAUGAACGUGGGAAAAGAAGUUAAUACUACUCAAGAUGAAAUUAAAACACAAGCUGGACGAAAAAUCAAAGUUCCAAAAAGGUUCAUGUUUGAGUAG